CUCUCGCAGUGUAAAAUGGCGGCCGUGAGCAGCGCGGAGUCUCCACCGGCCGUGUUCAACGGAGCCGAGGCCGUGGACCGAGAGCCCGCGGGCCGGGAGCGGGGGCUGGACGAGCUGGACGCCGCCUGCCCGACGGAGCUCAGCGGAGGCCCGCAGGACGAGGAGAUCUGGAACAUUAAACAGAUGAUCAAACUGACCCAGGAGCAUCUGGAGGCUCUGCUGGACAAGUUUGGAGGAGAACACAACCCCCCGUCCAUCUACCUGGAGGCGUAUGAGGAGUACACGUCUAAGCUGGAUGCCCUGCAGCAGAGGGAGCAGCAGCUGUUGGAGGCGAUGGGGAACGGCACGGAGCUGUCGUCCUCCCCCACGGCGGGCACGGGGGGCUUGGGGGGCACGGCAGGCACAGGGGGCGCGCUGGAUCUGCAGGAACCGUGCGCUCACACUUUCACCUCGGCGCCGAACACUUUAAACGUGAUCCAGACCCCGUGCGACGUGAGCCGGGUCAACCCCCGCUCCCCCCAGAAACCCAUCGUCCGAGUGUUCCUGCCCAACAAGCAGCGCACAGUGGUCCCCGCUCGUUGUGGAAUGACGGUCAGAGACUCGCUGAAAAAGGCUUUGAUGAUGAGAGGCCUGAUCCCAGAAUGCUGCGCCGUCUACAGAGUCCAGGACGGGGAGAAGAAGCCGAUUGGUUGGGACACAGACAUCUCGUGGCUGACGGGAGAAGAGCUCCACGUGGAGGUUCUGGAGAACGUCCCCCUCACCACACACAACUUUGUGCGUAAAACCUUCUUCACGUUGGCGUUUUGUGACUUUUGCCGGAAGCUUCUGUUCCAGGGUUUUCGUUGUCAAACCUGCGGCUACAAAUUUCACCAACGCUGCAGUACAGAGGUCCCCCUGAUGUGUGUCAACUACGACCAGCUCGAUUUAUUGUUCGUGUCAAAGUUCUUCGAGCACCAUCCGUUCUCUCAGGAGGAAGUCUCCUCAGAAGGAACCACCCCAGUGUCUGAAGUCUGCCCCUCCCUGCCCCCCUCAGACUCCACCAGGUCGCUGUGCCACGCCUCCGUCUCGCCCUCCAAGUCCAUCCCGAUCCCGCCCAGUUUCCGACAGAGCGCGGAGGAAGAACACCGGAACCAGUUUGGACAGAGGGACCGGUCGUCCUCCGCCCCCAACGUCCACAUCAACACCAUCGAGCCGGUCAACAUCGACGACCUCCUCGGGGGACAGAGUCUUCAGCGCUCGGACGGAGCGGCGCUCUCCGCCCGUCCCUGCCGCGCCGGCGUGCGGAGGCAGCGUACCCGGACGUGCAGCCCUCUCCUUUACUCCUUCCCCAAUGACAUAGUGUUUGAUUUCGAGACUGAGCCAGACUUUGGAGGUUCUACCUCUGGUCUUUCGGCGACUCCUCCGGCGUCUCUGCCCGGGUCCCUCACCAACGUCAAAAUGCCCCAGAAAUCUCCCUGCCCACAGAGGGAGCGCAAGAGCUCGUCCUCCUCCGAAGACCGCAAUAAAAUGAAAACUUUGGGUCGGCGUGACUCCAGUGACGACUGGGAGAUCCCCGAGGGUCAGAUCACUCUGGGCCAACGCAUCGGCUCCGGGUCCUUCGGAACCGUCUUCAAAGGGAAAUGGCACGGCGACGUCGCGGUGAAGAUGUUGAACGUCACAGCUCCAACUCCACAGCAGCUCCAGGCCUUCAAGAACGAAGUGGGCGUGCUCAGGAAAACGCGUCACGUGAACAUCCUCCUGUUCAUGGGCUACACGACCAAACCGCAGCUCGCCAUCGUCACCCAGUGGUGUGAGGGCUCCAGCCUGUACCACCACCUCCACAUCAUCGAGACCAAGUUCGAGAUGAUCAAACUCAUCGACAUCGCACGGCAGACGGCGCAGGGCAUGGAUUAUUUACACGCCAAGUCCAUCAUCCACCGAGACCUGAAGAGCAACAACAUCUUUCUUCAUGAAGACCUGACUGUGAAGAUCGGAGACUUCGGUUUGGCCACAGUGAAAUCUCGCUGGAGCGGCUCUCACCAGUUUGAGCAGCUCUCAGGCUCCAUUCUGUGGAUGGCUCCAGAGGUGAUCCGGCUCCAGGACAAAAACCCAUACAGUUUCCAGUCGGACGUUUACGCCUUCGGCAUCGUUCUGUACGAACUCAUGUCCGGAGCCCUGCCCUACUCCAACAUCAACAACAGAGACCAGAUCAUCUUCAUGGUCGGUCGUGGAUAUUUGUCUCCAGACUUGAGUAAAAUUCGCAGUAACUGCCCCAAAGCGAUGAAGAGGCUGAUGGCCGAGUGUCUGAAGAAGAAGAGGGAAGAGCGCCCCCUAUUUCCACAGAUCUUGGCGUCGAUUGAGUUGUUGGCUCGUUCUCUGCCGAAGAUUCACCGUUCUGCGUCGGAACCGUCUCUGAACCGCGCCGGGUUCCAGACGGAGGACUUCAGCCUGUACGCCUGCGCCUCGCCCAAGACGCCCAUCCAGGCCGGCGGCUACGGGGAGUUCUCGGCGUUCAAAUAAACGUCCUCGGCGGAAUCCUCCAGAAAAACUCCAAACGAAGACGCGGAAUCUGCGGCGCUUUUCCGACGAACUGAGCCAGAGACCGGAGCCGCGGCGCCGCUCGCAAAAACACGAAAGAAUGUUCUCAAACCAUUCGAAUCUCUGUUUUUAAGAGCUUUUGGAGAAAACGAGGAAGAGGAGGAAGAAGAAAAAGACGAGAGGAAGAAACAAAAACGGAAAACCAAACAAAAUCGAAUCGUGUUUACGUUUGUGACGAGUUUCACUUCAGAAAACAGAAAGAAAAUAUCCAGACUCCCCAGAGUUUUAUUUAGUUUGGUUUAGUUUAGACCUGGUUCAGUUCUGGUUCUGAAGUGCAGGUUUUUUUUUCAAUUCUUUGACUGAAAAUUAAGAUUUAAACAGAAAAAAAAAAAAAGAAACUGAAACUUGUGAACGGAGCGGGUCGUUCCUCGGUGCAGAUCCCUCGCUCCUCGUCCUCCUCGUCCUCCUCUUCGUCGUCUUCUUCCUCUUCUCCAUCAGCUCCAUCUUUAUUUAUUUGCACUUUUGUUUUUUCCUGGUUUCUGCUGUUUUUUGUUUUUUUUUGUUGUUGUUUUUUGUUUUUCUUAAGUCUCGGGUCCGACCAGCUCCAACAGAACCCAACGGAACUCUGACUCUGAUCGAUCCAAAAACCAGGAUCUGAACUCGCUCCUCGUGUUCCUCAAGUCCAGAUCCUGAAACAUGAACCGAACAGAACGUUUCCUGAAUGUUUUUAGAACCAUCUGGAUCAGAACAAGUGUCAGACACAGAGACUAAUGUAAACACAUGGACCUGGUUUAGACCUGGUUUAGUCCUGGUUUAGUCCUGGUUUAGUCCUGGUUUAGUCCUGGUUUAGUCCUGGUUUUAGUCCUGGUUUAGACCUGGUUUUAGUCCUGGUUUAGACCUGGGUUUAGUCCCUGGUUUAGUCCUGGUUUUAGUCCCUGGUUUAGACCUGGUUUAGACCUGGUUUUAGUCCCUGGUUUAGUCCUGGUUUUAGUCCCUGUUUAGUCCCUGGUUUAGACCUGGUUUUAGUCCCUGGUUUAGACCUGGGUUUAGUCCCUGGUUUAGACCUGGGUUUAGUCCUGGUUUAGACCUGGUUUAGACCUGGUUUAGACCUGGUUUUAGUCCCUGGUUUAGACCUGAUUUUAGUCCCUGGGUUAGAUCUGGUUUUAGUCCCUGGGUUAGAUCUGGUUUUAGUCCCUGAUUUAGUCCUGGUUUAGUUGGUUUAGACCUGGUUUUAGUCCCUGGUUUAGUCCUGGUUUUAGUCCCUGGUUUAGUCCUGGUUUAGACCUGGUUUAGUCCUGGUUUAGACCUGGUUUAGAUCUGGUUUUAGUCC